UCACCUCUUCUCCCGUACCUCGCUGUCGACAAACCCAACGCGAGAUCCGUCGCGCCAUCGCCCAUCAUGUCGCUCGUGUCCGGCGAGAAGUCGAACUUCCAGUACAUUCUGCGUCUCCUCAACACCAAUGUUGACGGUAAGCAGAAGAUCAUGUACGCCUUGACCCAGAUCAAGGGUGUUGGUCGCCGGUAUUCCAACUUGGUCUGCAAGAAGGCCGAUGUUGAUCUCAGCAAGCGCGCUGGUGAACUCACGACCGAAGAACUCGAGCGCAUCGUCACCAUCAUCCAGAACCCCACCCAGUACAAGAUCCCGACCUGGUUCCUGAACAGACAGCGCGACAUCAACGACGGCAAGGACUCCCAGGUUCUGUCCAACGGUCUCGACAGCAAGUUCCGUGAGGAUCUCGAGCGUCUGAAGCGUAUCCGCUCCCACCGUGGUCUCCGUCACUACUGGGGUCUCCGUGUCCGCGGUCAGCACACCAAGACCACCGGCCGCCGUGGCCGCACCGUCGGUGUCAGCAAGAAGAAGGGCUAAACCCUUACGAGGCAAAACGGAAUGGAAUUCGGGGGGGGUUAUAUUCUGUCGACUGGUUUUUCAUGGGAUACACCUGCUUUUCUUCUUUGUUUCGUGGACCUCGCUGGCAUGGGUUUCCUGUGGGAUUGGGUUGGGGAGAUGUUAAACUAACUACGUAUGUAUGUUGGUGAGGACUGAUGGAGUAUGCUACCGGUCCGAAAAAAUUCAAAUCUGUCAAUCAUACCAAUUCAAUGUGACAUGAAUCCGAUAACCACAUCCUCGGUUUCCAGGUUUCAUGAGUGAGACCAUAAAUUGGGCGUUUUCAGUACGCUUCACCCUACGUUACUACGUACUACCAGGGAGGCGGCAACAUAUAAUAAUAUAUAUUCCAAUUUCUCUA